AUGGCGACAGCAUUGAUGAAUGGGAUGCAUACAGCAGGCAUCUACUCGGACAUGACGGUCGAUGGUCCCGAGAUCGGCACCUUGGUGGCUAUUGUCGACCGUGCAAAGAACCUGCCCAAUGUUAAGCGCAUGGGCAAGCAGAAUCCAUACUGCGCCGCCAGGCUAGGCAAGGAAGCAAAAAAGACCGAGACGGAUAAACGAGGAGGCCAGACGCCCAGAUGGGACCAAGAGCUUCGCUUUACCGUUCACGAUUCGCCCGACUACCACAAUCUCAAAGUUUCCAUUUUUAAUGAUGACAAGAAGACGGAUUUGAUUGGAGAAGCAUACAUCAGUCUGCAAGAUGUCUGCAUACCGGGCGGAGGCAAGCGCGACGGAUGGCACGCUCUGAACUUCAAGGGCAAGUACGCAGGCGAGAUCAACCUGGAGUUGACAUACUACGAUACGCGACCCCAACCCGAAAACAAGAGGAGGGUGAGCGGCAUGAGUGCUGCUGACAAUGCACAACGCAAGGCCGCCAUCAAACGUCGUCCAUUGCCUGCCGAGCUGAACGGUCCCCCACCACCAGGCUCAAUUGUGCCAGACCAUGCAAGAGGUCCAAGGCAACUACCAGGACGACCAGCAGAAGAUUGGACCCCCCACGGCCUUCGUCCGCGUCCUCAACAUCAUGCCCAAUCUGCCCCUGCCAUUCCGGAUGCACACCACUACGACCCUGAUGAGCUUGACCUGGACUACCACCCUGGCUACCAUCAGCCCGUUAUGCCCGAACUGCCACAGCUUCCUCCCACUCGCAGACAUCGUGGCUCUGUGCCUUCUCAGCCCAGUGUGCCUCAUGACUAUUCAAGCCACGAACAUUACGGCCAUGGCCGUUCCCACAGUAUUCCAACUCUUCCCCAUUCUGCCUCGUCCCCUAGUGUCGUGCAGUCGGACCAGGGAUGGCAAGAGCCUCUGCCCCGCUGUCUACAACCUACUGUCGAGGACAUUGACGAGCUUGAUUACGACAGGCAACUGCCUCCGGUGCCUCCGUCACACACUCGCAGCCCCUCGCACGCUCGAAGUCCAUCACACACAAGAAACGCUCGUUCGACAUCACGAGGACCGCCACCGAGAAGCAUGUCUGUAGACGAUUAUGCCCCUCCUCCCGCACCAGGCUCAUACUACAGCUCCUCACCCAACUUCAGGGCUUCUUACUCGGGGUUUCCUCCACCGGCGCCCUCUUCGGUCGCGGCUUCAUCGCAUUAUCGUAGUCACUCACGCGCGGCUAGUCGCCAAAGCGUACCUGACGCAUACGCCAUGACUCCACCACGAGCACACCCCUUGGCCAACCAGAUUCGUCGAUCCAUGAGUCCGGCGCCUUCAGCAUACACCGAAGAUUAUGGACAACACAGACGAUACAGCAACGAGCCAAACCCAAUCAUGGCACGCCCUCCUUCCCGUAAUUCUCCCCUUCCUUCGCGCAAUGUCUCACCUCUGCCACCGCGCAACAACAUUGAUGCCAUUCGUCAUCCCGUCCGUACUUUUGCCAGCGGCAGUGCUUCUCCCUCGCCCACUCGCAAAGAGAUCCCACGUCCCUCGACAUCUAACGGCAACUUCUUUUCUCCCGAUGAUUUUGACUCUCUUAAUCCUAAUGCUUCCUCUAAUUCGCCCUUCGCCUCUGGUUCGAACCCGCACUCUCCUUAUCAUAUCCAGAACUCACCUGGCGGCGACGACGACGAGGGCGCACGUCCUCUGCCAGAUCCCAAUGCCAAAAUUGUCGGCUUCGACGGCAGAGUGAUCGACCCUAGCGACCAUUUGCCUGUACACAGCUGGGCACCCGAGCCGGAAAAGAAGACGCCUACCAAGAUUUAUGGCUCGAAUGGACAGGCACAUCCUAAUGGCCUAGCAGGUCCACGUGGGGCAGCCGGUAAUAGGACAUCUUUUGGUCGAGAUGUAGUCAUCAAUGUUCGCACGAGGGGUUCACCACCCAAGCGCCCCAUGUCUUCGGCCUCGCACCAUAGCCAUAUGACGGGCUCGCCGGGUCCGCUCUCUGAGAUUGACGUUCCUAACCCCUAUGCUGGACAUGCUGGUUACAGUUCGAAUUUCACUGAAGGGCGCCCUGGAGUCUACGAAGGCCAUCACUCUACAUAUUCAAACUCUCCAAACCCAAGUCAGGGGUCUCAUUACGGCGACAUGUUUGGCAAGUACACUGCGCCUGGUGGUGGAGACCAGUUUGGCUAUGAGAACCAGAUGGCCCAACAACAGGGUGCGGUGUAUGAGCAACAUGGCUACGGAGCUUCGGCAUUGAGCAAGGAAAUGGCCAAGAUUGACAUUGGAGGGUCAAGAAGGCCGAUCAGUAGGGGCACUGUGAGAAGAGGUGCUUGGCCUUGA